UUUUCAUUUUUUCAUAUGCUCCUUUUUUUAUUCUUUCACUUUUUCUAUUCUUUUGAUUUCUUGCAUGUAAGCUUUUGUUAUUACUUAUAAAAUAUAAUCUUAACUACUCUCAAAAGUAAUAUAUUGUUUAGAAAUAAAUAUAAUAAUGACAAUAAUCCAUUGUCUGAAUUCAAAAAAUUAGACGGAAUGGAUUUAUUAACAUCCAGUGAUGAUUUGGAUCGAAUAGAACCUUAUGAUUCAACCGUCGAAAUAAUCGGAUAUGUUGAUGGCAUAGAUGCUCCACGAUAUGUAGGAGACAAACGUCAGUACAAAGUCUUAAAAUUGUUUUUAAACAAUGGAUCAGGAAAACGAGUCCAAGUAAUAACUUGGAACGAUAAAAUUGAUAGAAUAGAAUCUCAUAUAAAAUUCAAUUGUGUCAUUCAUUUAGACGGUGCACUAGCACAACCAGCAAAAUUAGUGCAAUUUAAUAAUGGUAAUAUGCCUUACAAAUUACAAAUUCAAUCAAAUACAAAAAUUUCAUGUUUGGGAAAAUUUAAAUUUGAAAAUAUAACAAACCAGCCAGAAUCAGAAAAAAUAAAUUUUUCAGAAGUUUUAAAUACGACAACAAGAGUCACAUUAAAAGCUUACAUCAAAACAAAUUUUGCAUCGUUCUAUAAUAAUAAAUUAAAUAAAAAAAUUGGUUGUGGGUCUAUUACUGACGGAAAGUAUAAAUUAGAAAUACAUUUUUUAAAUUUUAAUGAUGAAAAUUACGAUUAUCUUGAUCUUAAAAAAGAUGACAAAAUAAAAAUUAUUGGAUCUAUACAAAAAACAGGUAAAACAUAGAAAAAUGUGUAUAAAAUAUAAAGUGAAAUAAUUUUAUAAAUACCCAGAUAGCAAAAUGUGAUAACUCAAUCUAAAGUAAAUCA